CAGAAUCGUUGGUCGUCAGUUUGCCCCGGUGCGGGCGAGUGUAGCUCGCGUGGUUGUGUGUGUUCGCGGCUCACAGACACGCCGUAUACCACACAGCUGCACCGACAUUGAUUCGUGGUUCGCGACUCGGCUCAGUCACUAGUGCGCAACGCCAAGGGAAACAAGUGUUCUGCGUUACGUAUUGUAAUUUUUAUUUUUGAGUUCUUUCAUUUCAUGCAUAUUAAGAAUUUAAAAGAGAAACCCGUUUUACAUUGCUUGUAUAUUUACUUGUGGACGUGAACGGUUUGGACUAUUGUUACGAAGUGAUUUGUAUCGCUCGAGACUAUCUAGUUGGAUUCCUGUAUUGAGCAAUAUUCUGUUAGUUGCAGUGCUUGUGCUUUUGAUAGAAACGGACAAUUUCGUCGUGAACGUGUUCCAGUUUGGAAUUUCACCACGAACGGGCUUAAGGAAGUUUAUAGCCAAGUGGACAGCGGCGGCGGUGGCUCGGCUGAAGUAAUGGUGUACUCGCUCGGCUGGGGCAUGGGGGAGCCGGAGCGGCGUGCGCUGGACCGCAAGCGUGCCCAGCCCGUUCCGCACACGCUCUCGCCCGACGACGGACACGAGGUCGACGUGCUGCCUCUGCAUAAUCAGGUUGGCGGGCACACCAGACUACUGGUCUUGAACGACAGUACAGUGAUCAAGCCCCUCAACAUACGCGAGCUGCAUUUCUACCAAAACAUUCCCGAAGACAUCCAGAGCUUCGUUCCCCGAUACAAAGGCGUGAUGCAGGCCUCAAACACGGGAAGCAUGAAAUUGGACAAGCGGUACUCACCAUGUUUCCGCGACGAGAACGGGCGCAAGCAGUCGCUGGGCGGGAAGCGCAAGCGCGACGACGUAUUCAAAUUUAAAGUGCAUCGAAACGGUAAUGCGAGCGAAGUCCUUAAGAGCAUUGCACACAUGGACAACUCCAAUAAGCAAUACUUCUUAAUGAUGGAGAAUAUAACAUCGUCGUACCGGCGGCCGUGCGUGCUCGACCUCAAGAUGGGCACGCGGCAGCACGGCGACGAUGCCAGCGCGGAGAAACGCACCAAGCAGAUCGCGAAGUGCGCCGCUAGCACCUCCGCAUCGCUCGGAGUGCGUCUCUGCGGCAUGCAGGUGUAUGUCCCGGAGACGGGCGCUUGCGUGCGGCGCGACAAGUACUGGGGGCGCGCGCUGUCGGAGAGCGGGCUGCGCGAGGCGCUGCGAGACUUCUUCGCGGCGGGCGCCAGCGGCGUGCGCGCGCGCGUAGUGCGUCGCGUGCUGCGCGACCUGGACGCGCUGCGCCGCGCCAUCGCUAAGCAGACCAGCUACCGCUUCUACUCCUGCUCACUUCUGAUAGUAUACGAGGGCGACCUGGCCAACGAGUUCGUCCAGGACGAAACGAGCUGUGGCGCCUCGUCCGAGUACGAGGGUGACGCCUCGGCCGGAUCCUCGGAGUCCGCUCCCUCGCCGGGCCACUUCGACAUGUCGACGUUACACGACGAGAUCUCGGGCGACACGCGCGAACCCUUCGUGCCACACUCGGAGGAGACCAUGGGCGGCUACGAGGAGGGCGAGGUGAGCACGCCGAGCGAGCCCACGGAGACGCGCUCGAGUCGCGAGCGUGGAUCGCCACGUCUGCAGCCGCCGAGUCCCGACUCUGCCGACAGCUGGAUGGCCUACUCGUCCACGAGCAGCGAAUCGUGGCGCCACGAGGGCGAGGCGGAGGCGGAGGCGGCGGACGCGGCCAGCAAGCGCGCGCGCACGCGGCCCGCGUGGCCCGCGCCGCCCGCGCCCCCCGCGCCGCCCGCGCCGCCCGACGAGCGCGUCGACAUCCGCAUGAUCGACUUCGCGCACACGGCCUUCGCGGGCGCCGACGCCGAGUCCCCGCUGGCCACGGCCACGCCGCACCACGGGCCCGACUGCGGCUUCCUCACCGGCGUGGACUCGCUCAAGCGCCUGCUCACCGAGAUCCUGCACCCGCAGCCCUACAGUUAAUGAGGCCCCGUCCGCGCCAAGUCGGCGCUCUCUAGACAAAACUUGCAAUAAUAUAAUUCCCUUUCGGUCGAAGUCGGAGAGGGCCGCGGCCGGUCCCGCCCCGGAGACCUCGGUGGCGUACGUUCGGCUCGGCCGCUUCGAAGUUCGACGUGAAACAGAUUCGAAAGAGACUAUUUCCUUAAAAUUUUAAAAUAUUCGACUGAUCGCUCCUACUGACCUUACUUAAAGAUAUGGACCCGCCGGGCGAUUCCAUCGAGCGGUUGAGAGCAGGGUAUUUUCGCUUCGUCCGCCGUUCCUUGUACUUGUACGUAGAUUGACCUCUCACCCGUGCGGCCACCGAUCGGUCGUCGCACUUAAUCAAUGUUGGCGGUACAAAUAUAAUUUAAUAAAUAAUAUAAAAAUUAUUAUAAUUUGAAGGGACCCAGUAGCUAUUCUAAAGUGUAUUUUUAAGUAUUAUUAUUACGUAUUUCCAGAUUGACGUGCUUUUGUAUCCUUCGGUUCAAUUAUUACUUUUGGUUUUUGUGAUGGACAGCUUCGUAUACAUGUUUAGCGCAGAUGUAGACAUUCCCUAAUAAAUGUAAUGUUAGGUAGUUAAAAGCCGUAACCUUCGUGAUGUUUCCCGACUGUUAUGCAUUUUGAUCCUAUAUUGCGCAUUUGUUAUUAGAACUUUAAUUAAAAUUACAUAUUAUAAUUACCAAAAUAAAAAUAAGGAUCUAGUUUUGUGUCAUUUGUGAUCCUUAAUUAAUUUGAAAAAUGUAUCUUAAAUAAAUGUUAAUUAAUUGGGUUAUUAUACAAUGUAUAACAAAACUAUUUGUGAAUAAAAAUUGUAAAAAUUAAAAUUUGUUAGUAGAUUUUAGAGUAAAUUGAAAAAUAAAACUCUAUUUAUGUACUAAGUAAAGAAAAACUAUAAAAUAUUAUUUGUAAAACAAACAGUAUUAUUAGGACUUUGAACUCGAAGGAGUAAGUCGGUUUAGGUUCGGAUUUCAGUUGUUUGACAUACAUAGGUGCUAGAAUAUAAAUUACACUGCCAAAGUGAAUGAGUGGCAUGGAUACUUGACCAUAUGUGUGUAGUGGUGAAGUGUUCACGAGAGUAAGCAGUGCAUAGAAGCUUAGAGCUAAUCUGAACAAUUUGGUAUAUUGAUUUUGUAAAAAUCAAUGGAUGCGUGCUUUGAUAGCCACUGUUUGCUAGAAAUGAUAUGAUAUAUACCGAUUGUUCAACUUAGGUCUCUACGUCUACGGUCGGUGUAAACAAAUAAAUGAAGUCGCACGAUGCUACGAGCCAGCGAAUGUUAUUGACCAUUAGCGUUAGCCAACAUUCCUGCGUGCUGCAUUCGUCGUUUGUUUUAUUUUACUUUUGUGGGACAAAUUUAUAAAAAGUACCUGGUUUAUUUAGGAUGCUAGGCUGUAUUAUAUAAUAUUAUCAUUUAUGUCUGUUAUUUUAAAUAACUGUAUGACACUAUUUUGUUAAAUAAAUUUUAGGUAUUAAA